AUUUGUGUAAGAAGUGCUGGUGACAGCUAACAAGACCAUUCAAAGCCAAGUAGAAAGUUACUACACUAAAGCAAGAGUGGUUCUUUAUGUAGGGUUGUUUUUAAAUUAAUGUGUUCAGUUUGAGACUAUUUUUGUUGCUAUGUCUUUUUUUACCCUGUUGUCACGGGUAAUUCUUGGUAAACACAGUAUUGGCCGCAAAGUUGACCAAUAAUCAUGAUUAAUCGCCUUUUGGAGGAAGAGGAGGGACAGAUGAGUCACGGUGACAGGGGUUAAAGAGCAAGUCAGGAGAUGUUGGGUUCCUUUUUUUCACCUCGAUACGCAAAUAAACAAUUUGAGAUGUUUUGGAGAGUAGACAGGAGCAACCGCGCUGAGGAAUCUGCUGGUUUCUCCUUGUAUGGAUUUGUGAAAUUAUUUGCCUUCCUCAAGUUAUGGAAAACCAAAAACAGAAGAGAAAAAAUCAUAUGUCCAUCGUGCUGUGUUACCUCUGGCAGGAUGAUCAAAAGUCAAGAACAAGAUGAAUUCAUUGCUGUGAGGGUUCAGGAUCCUCGUUUUCAGAAUGAAGGUUCCUGGAACUCAUAUGUGGACUUCAAAAUUUUCCUUCAUACAAACAGCAAAGCGUUCACUGCGAAAACAUCCUGUGUGAGGCGGCGAUACAGUGAGUUUGUGUGGUUGAAGAAAAAACUGCAAAAGAAUGCUGGUCUUGUGCCAGUUCCUGAUCUGCCCAAAAAGUCGUUAUUCUCAUUUAUUAAUGAUGACUUCAUUGAAAGGAGGAGAAUGGGUCUACAGAGCUUCUUGGACAAGCUGUUGCACAUGACGGUAUGUCUGUCCGAUAGCCAACUCCAUCUUUUCCUGCAAACUCAGCUUCCUGUAAAGCACAUUGAGGACUGUGUGCGGGGCCACACCCCCUACACUGUGACAGAGGCCAUUCUUACCUAUGCUUCCUCCAAACUUGGUUGGGUGCAAGAGGAGGGGGGCGGAUCCCAAGAAUUAUGGCCAGCCCCUGUUCCAUAUGAAUCCAUAGAGAGCCCUGCUCAUCACCUCCCAUCUUUUCAGUGUGUAGGAGCUACAUCAAGUGGACUAGGAACUCCAAAUGAACUUACAGAUGUUUCAGACCUAGAAACAGAGUCAAUACUGAGUGAUGCAGAGCAGACUGCACCUAUAAUGAAGUAUGGAAAUGUUCAUGAACGGAUAGUUCAAGAGAGAGAAAGUUCCAUGAAUCUAGUGGUUGAAGUCCAUCCAACCACUCUUAGUUUUCUAGUGACAGAGUUUGAGGUUGAAAACUGUGUAUCAGAUGAAACACAAUGGCACAAAAGCAAAGAUCUACAAAGGGAUGGAUCUGAAUAUACUGUUUCACAUAUAGGCGGGCUGCUUGAAAACAAAUCUCAGCACAGAGAUACAGAUAAAAAAGGGGAAGGUGUAGAUAAAGUGUUUGAUCAAGAAACAUCUGUUAUGAUCACUUCAGUAGAUAGAGUCAUUGAGAAGAGAACUCUUGGUGAUAUUAACGAAGGAGAGAGGGACAGUCAAGACGCUGCCCUUAAGCAGGAAUGCACUGUGAGACAAACCCCUGACAAGGAUCUUCAUGAAGAAGAUCCAAGUCCAAUGGUCCAUUAUAAUGAAGUAACUCUGAAUAUCAGUGUUGCCCAAGAAGACACUGCUGAGCAGAGUGACCUCAGAAGGCAGGAAUUUGUAGAAACUGCUGCUAAAACUGGGGAAGAUCAUGAACUGCAUGAUUUAGACAGCAUCAUAGAGGAUAACACACCAUAUAAUGAAGAUCAAGGUAAAGCAGAGAUAACAGUGGACAAAGCAGUCAAGGAGAAUAGAGUCCGUGAUGAAAACUCAAACAUAGAUGCUGCUGUCCAUGAAGACGCCACAGUGAGCCAAAACCUUGACAAGGAUCUUUACGAAGAAGGUUCAAGGAUUUAUUAUAAUGAAGUAACUCUGGAUCUCAGUGCUAUGCACAACAACCAAAUGCGUGUAGAAAACACAACUAAAACUGGAGAAGAUGUUGCACCUCUGGAUUGCUAUGUAGCCGACUUCCUUGAGGAGAUCUUGCCAGAUACUGAAGACCCAGAACUAGGUAAAGUAAAGAUAAAUGAGGAUGAUUCAAUCCAGGAGAAUGGAGUCAGCGAUAAAGACUCCAGUAUAGAUGCUGCUGUUCAGGAAGAGGCCAUGAAUAAAACUAUCUGUAAGCGUUCAGAGAUCAGUGAAACAAGCAUUCCCUGCUCAGAAUGCAAUGAGGAUCAUGUUGGUGAGGUAAACAAGCUCAAUGCAAAAUGUGUCCAAACCAGCAGUGACAUUUUGAUUCUUGGAGAAGUUGAGGAAGCAGCAAUCAUGCAAAAUGACCCAGUGACCGAGAAUGUGCAAAAUGACAGCACUGAGGUUUCUUAUCAAGACAGCAACCUUGUUUUACAAGCCAUAGAGAUUGAUUCAAUGCAAUGCCAGGAGAAAGAUAAUUAAUUCCCAUUGGCAUGGCUUGUGAACAGAAUGUACUAUAGACUGUUUUCAACACAUACAGUCACAGACUGGACCCAUAGUAUGCUAUGUCAUAGUCUUCUACUGUGAUCACAGAAUAGUAGGUGCAUGCAACUGUAAAGGGAUGAACACAUCUCAUUUUUCCUGCAUUGAUCAAUUGUUGGCAUGUUCUGUUACAGACAUCUUAGAGAAUAUACACUGAAUCAUUAGACGGGGUGUAGUUUUUUUCUUACAAUGUGAAAGGUAAUGCACGGAGUAGGAUGGUGAACAAAUUGCAUUGCAACAAAUACGUCAAACACAUGAUAGGGUGUGAGAUAUAGAACUGUACAAAAAGCAAUGUGCAUCACAGUGGCAACUUGAUCCUUAUAUUCGCCAUUCUUAUACCUAUAUAUAUUGUUUGUUUCGUGUGAUUUUAGCAACUAGACUUACUCCAUGAAAUGUGCUGACAUAUCUAUUUCAGCAUUUUUAAAUACCAAUUUUGUCUGUCCCUUUUUUUUCUGAUGGUAAAAUGUUGGUCACACGUAUGCUUUGCUGGAACUGUGGGUGAUUAAUGUCAGAAUUCUAGUAUCUACUCAAAACCAGUGUGGUUGUUUGAAGUGUUUCUUAAUUUAUGUCAGCAAGAUCCCAGUAUUCUUUAGAACUGAAUUGUCUUGUUUGACAAAACACUAAUUUUCAUAUAAUAAUUUCAUGAGCUAAGAGUGUUUUUUUGUGUUCAGCACACUUUGUUUGCAAUGUUAAUAUUUUUUUCUUUAUCCAUCCUAACUUAAUGUUGCACUAGGUCUGAGAGUUGGUAGGUCAUUGACCAUCUGUCUAUUUAUAUUCUUCUGUGAUAUUGUGUUACGGUGGCUGCUUAUAAUACUCAUGAGAAUUUAAACAUUUACUCAAAAGGGACUUGCUGAUGUUACAAUGCCGCUUAUAUCCAUUGACUACUUCCGUUUAUAUUUCCUUUAGUUGGAAAUUUUAAAUGAGUCUUCUCAACACAUAAAUUUUUUUUAAUCAGCAAAGAGAAAAUUCUUAAUGCACACUAACAAUAUUUCAAAUGUAGAGGACCCUAUAUUAUUACUUUUUAAAAAUAAGUUACUGAACUCAGAUUUCACAAAUUCAAAUGUAUAAAUAUUUGAAGCAUAUUAUUUUAUAAUUUGUUGUGAAGAGGACAUCUUAAUUCAUGAUGUGUUUAUUUCAGUUUCACACAUUCAUUUGAAAAGGCAACACCAGUCUACCUAGACUACAUUCUUUAUGAGUGGUUGGAUUCACCAGUGUGAUUACUAACAAGAAAAAAUAAAGUGAGGCUGAAA